GCUUGCGAAUGUUUACAUUUAUUGGUUUAAAUAUCGCACUGGAACGAUGUUCCGCAGCACUUUCGCCCUACAUUUACUAAACCUGUUUUUGGCUUCGUUAUGGUUGAGUGUUUGUCACGGAAAGGGCAGAUCGUUGCCAUCAAACUUCCCCGUCUGUAAACGAACCGACCCUAAUAUCAAUCAAUGUCUAGUGGACGCUACCGAAAAAGUUAAACCGUUCUUGGCGGAAGGAGUUCCCUCGCUCAAAAUCCCUCCUUUCGAACCUUUUCAGAUCCCUAAAAUAGAAUUGGCACAAGGGACGAGAUCGUUGAAUUUCAAAGCCGUUUUAACUAACGUCCUCGCUUACGGAUUGUCGAAUUACAAGUUCACUAAAUUCGAUUACGAUAUACCGGGUUUCCAAUUCUUCUGCGAGGCCACCAUUCCGGGAUUAAACCUAGAAGGUGACUACACUGUAACCGGAAGAGUUCUGAUCGCUCCGAUUGAGGGAAAAGGCAGGUUCACCGCUAAAAUAGAUUCCUGCGAAGCUUUCGUCUACCAAAAGGUGAAGCUGCUGAAAAGAAACGGCUUAGAUUACUUGACCCCCGAUUUUACCAACAGCACCAUCAAUGUCAGUGGUCCCAGGGUUAAGUUGGAUGGUUUGUUUGGCGGUAACGCCCAAUUAAAUGAUGUGACGAAUAAAGCCAUCAAUGACAACGUGGACGAACUUUUUGCGGAACUUAAACCUGUGGUAGAGCAAACGUUGACCAGUAUUUUGGAAGAUAUUCUGUUCAAAUCGUUGUUUGUGAAUAUCCCUUACGAUAACUUGUAUCCAAAGUAAUAUAUCUGGACAGAUAGUAUUCGUAUUGCACAGAGUAUUUGUGAAUCAGAUAAAGUGAAAACAAGAAACUAUACUCUAUAUAGUAAAAUCAGAUGGAAAAAUUAUAUAGUAUUUGACUUGGAAGUAAUGAGAACACUUAUUUUGUAAAUUUGCGUUUGCUGCUCGAUUCUGGCUCCUUGCGAAAAAAAAAGACAA